AUGAAAAUUAUAAUUUUGAUUACACUAGCAAAGCUCCAUUUCCAUCACAAAAUAGGACUUCUCAUCUGUUAAGACGACUUUUUCGUUACCAUCUUCAUCUUCUUCUACAUUUUCUUCCAUUAAAUAGAAGCAUUCAUAGACAUUUACCAAAAAAUCAGAUUAGCUGAACUUCUGAAGCAUUUCAUAUUCUUUUUUCAAAGAUUCGAUGCUAUUCUUAUCCUCUUUGUUCGUAUAUGUUAGGAAUUUAAGGGCAACAGUACGAUUCUCUUUAGUGUUCUAAGCUCUCAAGACGACAGCGUAAGCGCCAUUGCUUAAAUACUCAAAAUUUGA